AAAGGGAAAUUUCAAAAAUGAAAGCUCUAUAUAAAUAGUUAGUUGGACACGAACCACAGUAAGAUCAGAGACUACCUCAGUCUCUAUCUAUCUCUCUUCUACAUUGUCCAUGUCUGCUAAGAAGAGAGAAACUAAGAACCCUAAAUUUUAAAUCAGCUUAUAUAUAUCAAGUAUUUUUUUUUUAAAAAUGGUACACUCGAGGAAGUUCCGAGGUGUCCGCCAGCGACAAUGGGGUUCUUGGGUCUCUGAGAUUCGCCAUCCUCUUUUGAAGAGAAGAGUAUGGCUUGGAACAUUCGAAACGGCAGAAGCGGCUGCGAGAGCUUACGACCAAGCGGCUCUUCUAAUGAACGGUCAGAACGCCAAGACCAAUUUCCCUGUCGUAAAAUCAGAGGAAGGCUCCGAUCACGUUAAAGACGUUAACUCUCAGUUAAUGUCGCCAAAGUCGUUAUCUGAGCUAUUGAACGCUAAGCUAAGGAAGAGCUGCAAAGACCUAACGCCGUCGCUGACAUGUCUCCGUCUAGACACGGACAGUUCCCACAUAGGAGUUUGGCAGAAACGGGCCGGGUCGAAAACGAGUCCGACUUGGGUCAUGCGUCUCGAACUUGGGAACAGAGCCAACGAAAGUGCGGGGGUUGACUUGGGGUUGAAGAAACAAAACGUCGAGAAAGAAGAAGAAGAAGAGGCUAUUAGUGACGAGGAUCAAUUAGCUAUGGAGAUGAUCGAGGAGUUGCUGAACUGGAGUUGACUUUAACUUUGACUUCUGAAAGUCUGAAAAAAAAAGAAUUAAGGUUUUUCAUUAUUUUCCGGAUUUUAAUAUUCUUUAAAAGUUUAUAGUGUGAUCUAUUUAUCGAUUAUACAUGUAAGAAAUUGUCAAAAAUACACGUAAAAAAUGUAAUAUAUAUACAGACUUGUAUUUUUUUUUCUGUACUUUUUUGUUAUAAAGUAUACAUGCUUGUUGUGCUGAUUGAUUGAUAUAAAAGAUUGUUGGAUUUGGGUAA